AUGAGUGUCAUCAGGUCAAGAACGUCUCUUCCAAGCGGCACCAACUGGCCACCCAACUCGAUAAAGACGCCACACUUUUUCAUUACCGCCACUCCUUUGCUGAAUUCUACUCGGGACUUCCUUGGCUAUGCAGACAUGAUCUGGCAACAGUCUUGGCCAUUCCGCUUCAACCCGGCCGAACGCGACAAUAACACCUGGGAGAAGAUCGAUCUUGCGCGCCUUAUGAGUUUUGGUUCCGCCAAAUGGCAAAACCAGAAUAAGACCCUGGGAGCUGGGAAAAGGCAUGAUGAAUAUGUGACGGCCCUGAAGGACCAGCACAUUCCCUUGUUCUUGCUGAAUCCAAAGCUUGUGGAAUCCUUUGGUGACGUUGUCAAGUGUGGUAUUGACUUUGCCCGCAUGGCUGUGGGCCGCAUGAUGGACAUCUUACAAAUACGCCAGGGCAUGUUGGAUCCGCUCACACUCCCAGAUGGUCAAAUCUGUCACCCUGGGGAUGGCAUUCCUCCUAUCGAGGUAUGCCGUGUUGAGUUGGGGAUGCGAGCGGACCGAAGGCCUGUUGUGAGGGCCGUGUUGAGCUCGUUACAUGAGAACAUGAUGACGCCCGCCAUGUCAAAGAUGGCACAGCACACUGGCCGUGGAUCGGUCACAGGGUCUUCAGGGAUGAUGAUACACCCUGGUAUGUACAGACGUGCCAUGCUUAUUGGCACGGAUGUUCGGAAUCAGAUCCUGACACAUCCAUCGGUCAGAUGCAUGAAACUUCUGGGGGACAUGGAGGCCAUGUACAAUGUCAUGAAGCCUGAUGGGAUGCACUCUGACAAGGGCAAGAAGACCGUCACGACUGCCGAUGUCGAAUUGGGGCAACCUAUUGAGUCUCAAGGUCCUCUGACAAGCUCGCAAGCGCGGAAGAGGGCCGCAGAGGCAGAAAAGCGGAGACCGGAGACAGCGGCCGGUGUCGCUGAGAUGAAGCGCGUGGCCCUGAACGACCACACGGGGGGUCUCCACUGGUACUUUUACCAUACUCGCCCAACGGACGAGUUUUCGUUCCCGUCAGAUCGGCUGGAGAUAAUGCGGUACGUGGUGAACAAAUCACCCAAGUACGCCUUCACGUUGGGGAUGGCACUACGUUGUCAGAAGACGAAUGAACGGCUAUUGGUCAUUGUGAACAACCCUGGCUACGCAACUCGACAAAGCCUUGAGCAGCAAGAGCCCCCACAAAAUUUCGAGCGCGAGGAUGCCAUCAAUCGAACGCAAGCACCAAUUGAUCGGCGCAUCGAGGGCGAACAGCUUACCAUCUGCGCGUUCGAGAUCAUGGCAACAUACCUGGGUCAACGGUGCAAUCGGUAUCCUCGCAAAGGUGCCGAAUGGUACGAAUAUGACGGUCAAAAGAUGACAGAUCUCGGGGAGUUUUAUUCAGCCAUUGCCCGGACAACGAUCCUGAACCCCGACCUCUUCUCUAACAUGACGCCGCAAUUUAUCAGAGAGCUUGCCGUAAGCUAGAAGCCCGGCAUGGAAAUUUCUCGUGAGGUGAUAGCGGGGGAAGUGCCCAUCCUACCGAUCGAGGGCCAUAUCGAGUUG